AUGUCAUCCAAAUCGCGAGGCCACAGGGCUCACCUUAGCGUCACAGAAGACCAAUCAACCGCAUCACAAUCCAGCAGGAGUAAGCAUUCACGAAAGCCAUCUUCCAAUUCGAGUUCCAAGCCAAGAGCAAAGUCAACCUCGUCUUCUCUGCCACCGGCAUCAUCCUCGAGACCGAAUUUGCCCCAAUCCAGUCGCCCUCCACUUUCCGAGCCGAGGAGACCACCGCCGUCGCUAUCGGAUCGUUCAUUUCUCGAUCUCGGUGAACCGCCGUCUGGAACCAGGCGCCGAAACUCAGCGGCACCCAUAGCCGAGCAGUCCUACCCCCGACAUCGCCCCGAGGCAAACACGAACGAGCGCAGCCCGGCCGACUUGGACUCGCAUGGACACCAGCAUCCUUCUCCACCCAGCUGGCCGCCUCCUCGCAAAGAUUCCUUGACGCCGCUGAACAGCGAACCCGCGCCCAAGUCCGCCCCGCUUCCCACGACCCCGGAACCCCAACCAAGCAUGGAUACGUUGAAUAUAGCAGUGCUAGGCGCAGAUGGCGUGGGGAAGUCUACCUUUAUACAGCGAGCAUUGCGCGCGCCGCGGCCUCCCGGUAACAACAUCACUACCGUUCGGCUAGACCUGGACGGUACUGCGCUGCGUGCUACCUUUCUCGAGGUUGAUACUGAGUUCUUGGAGGUCGACGAAAAACAACCCAUCCACUGGCCUAAGCAGAUCAAUGGCCACAUGGUACCGCGCAUAGAUGGUGUCUUGGUGCUAUACGACGUGACGAACAAGGAAAGCUUAAGAGAGUUGCCUCCAAUAAUGAAUGCCUUGGCAAUUGCCAAAAUCCCAACCAUAAUCGUUGCCACGAAAUGCGACAGCCCCGAGAACCUACGGCAAGUUAACCCUGAUGCCGUGUCAGGCUACUUCCCCGCCGCCGUCGCCACCUUUAAAACUUCAUCCAGCGUGCCGAGUAGCACAAGAGAUUCACUUCAGUCUAUAAUACGGGCUGCGCUUGCGAGCAAGAGAGGCGCUGAAAUCAACAAGAACGAAGCUGCAAUAUCUAGAAGACGCGCGGCAUCUUCUGCGGCUCACCUUGACGCCCCAGAUCUUAACGGACGACCGCUCAGUCAGCAAGGCAAACACGGACGAGCUAGUUCUGACCUUUCGCUGUUGCGAGGUACCCCGCCACCCGGAAGCGACGGAGGUUAUUCGUACCGGGGCGCACAGUCGCGGUCACGGAUCGACCACUCAAGCUACGGAUCCGACGCGGUAGCCGACGACGGUAGCGUCACUGUUUCUGGAAUGCUCAGGACCCACGGCGGGGUGCGUUUGGACGGUGGUGGGCCCGACACGUUCUUGGACGUGGACGAGUCGGACGUCGAGUCGUAUCGACACUCAGACGACAUUCCUAUCCUGCAGCGCGGCGAUGAGAAUUUUGCGGAAAAGCCGGCCAAGAUGGUCGGCGUGGAAUUCGAUGAACUCGUCGACCGGUUGCUGGCCCCGCGCAUGACGCGGGCCGACAACAACUUUGCCGACAUAUUCCUAUGUCUUUAUCGCAAAUUUGCCUCGCCCAGUCAGCUGUUGUCGGCCAUACUCGCGCGACUGGAGCCCGUGAUGAAAGACAAGAGCAUCCCUGACUUGACAAUGAUACAGACGGAGCUGCGAAUCAUUGAAGUUAUCGCGAAAUGGGUCUCGCUAUAUCCAGGCGAUUUUGCCCGGUCAGCAACAAGGAGGAAAUUGGAGAAUUUAGUCCGCCAGCUUGCCAAGGAUCCGAUACUCACACCUUCUGCUCAGCAGAUAAGGGUGUACUUGGAACGUUACAUCAUGGAGGAUGACGAUACAGGCUGGGCCAAGUCGGAUGAGCCAGACAGAGACUCGUACCACGGCCAGGAUCCAAGAUUCACAUCGCGCGAUGGGCAUAGAAGCGACAGUUUGCUUAACGAUAGCAUGACCUCGUUGCACCUCGAGGAUAGCAGGGAGUCGUCCUCAACAUAUGGUAAUGCACAGCGGGCUUCGGCUGAGGACUCUGCGCCACACCGACGGCCAGUUGCGCAGUUUCAGUUCCAUUCACUUGAGGACUAUGAGCGUGAGGCAGCGACGAUGAUACCAACAGCAACAUUGCCCUUGAACAAAAUUCGCUACCACAUUUUCCUGGACAAGGACACCGACGAAAUCGCCGACGAAAUCACGCGUAUCGAUUGGAUAAUGUUCUCUUCCAUUCGAAUUCGUGACUUGGUAAGGCAUGUUAGCCUGUCGACUGAGCAAAAAGAGAAAUGCCGCAGUCUAAAAAACGUCAACCGCAUGAUAAGCCACUUCAACCAUGUUGCUCGCUGGGUGUCGAACAUGAUCCUCAUCCGAGACAAGGCGAAGCACCGCGCACCGUGCCUGGAGAAAUUCAUGCUUAUCGCACUGAGGCUGCGCGUCCUGAACAACUACAACGGGCUCGCUGCCGUUUUGGCGGGCAUCAACGGGGCAUCGAUCCACCGUCUUGCUCAAACAAAGGCGUUGGUCUCUGUUGAAGUGCAAAGGCGGUUCGCAAGGCUCGGACUGUUGAUGGGAACUCAGAAGAGCCACUUUGCGUACCGGCUUGCGUGGGAGAACUCUCCACUUCCUAGAAUACCUUUUAUGCCGCUACAUCGACGUGAUUUAGUUUCCGCCGAGGAAGGAAGCAGGACUUUUGUCGGACCGCAAGGAGACAGGAUCAACUGGAAGAAGUUUGAGGUCUUGAGCGAAGUUUUGUUGCCUUUGAUGAAGAGCCAGGGCACGCCAUAUCCUAAUCUGAGGAAGGACGAUGGAAGCAGGGAAUUGAUUCUUGAUUGCAAGAUGCCAAUCGACGAAGAGGAAAUCUACCAGCGCAGUGUACAAGUGGAGCCCGCAUCAGGCAUGGGCGAGUCGAGCAAGAAGAAAUUUCCUUGGCUGGCAAACAACGGUACUAGAAAACUCAGCACAGCAUGCCACCCAGAAAGAGAGCUCCUUCUAGUGAGUCUUAAAUUCAAGGAUCCCUUCAAAGUUCGCUUCUUCGGCAUCCUGGCUAAAAGAAUCGACAUAGUGAGCAGCGUGGGAAGCGACUUUGAGCAGUUCGCGAAGGGUCGUCGAUCUAUGCAGAAACGCAAAAGGGGCAAAAAAAGAAGCGACGACAACACAGCGGCUGAAUUUGACCGGUCUCAAAUCGACAACAUGCAGGCAGGCGCCGGCGGGCGGCUUUUUGACGAGAUUGCCUCUAUUCGGCAAGAUGUCCUGGAAGAGCUCAGAUCCCACACGAAGCGGUCACACCAUCCCCACGCUUGGAAACAGCAAAAUAAUACAGUGGGCACUUUGCGUCAGAUACAGACCUCAACUGGAGACACAAAGGAGAAAAUUGAGCUUUUCCAGGCAGGCCGCGCACUUUUUAUUGCUUGUCGGUACGCAAUUACAAGCACCGAAAAGUACGCUGGACGCCUAAGGGAGAUACAACGCCCACACCUAGACGAUGCCACGCUGGAGCAAUGGCAGCAGGAUGUUGCGAGCUUGAACAGAAUCGUAGAUUUCGGACACAAGUACGGGAAGCAUCUCUCUGAAUGCGCAAUCGCUGGGACUAAACCCUAUACACCGGGAAUCAAUGAGGUCGACGAGGAUGGCAUGUUUGCGCUUGAAAUAUUCGAGGGGAGCACUUCCGCGGUUGCCAAAGAGAAGGGUUGGGGAAGCUGUGCCAGAAAACACGUCAAAGGCUUAAAGAUGUUGGCACCCAACGCGGAGGAGGGGAGGUCACACACUCCGCCUUUGGGCCAGUGA